UUGUACAUGGAUAACUUUGAAUGUAAAUUUGUAUAUACUAAUACCCUAUAUCAACAGCAUUGCCAACUAUAUUAUCGCUAUAUAGAUGAUAUAGUGAUGUUAUGGACAGGGUCGGAGGAAAAUCUGCUAACCUUUGUUACCCAUUUGAAUUCUAGGGUGUCCACACUUCACUUCACUUUGACAUACGAUGCAGAGACAGCUAACUUUUUGGAUGUAACCAUCAAAAAGGAAGGCACUCGGUUGCAGACUGACCUGUACAAGAAAGAAACAGAACGUAACAAUCUAUUGCAUUUCUCUAGCUUUCACUCCCCUUCACUGAAAAAUAAUUUGCCGAAGUCACAAUUUAUGAGAGUGAGACGAAUUGUCUCAGAGCAACAAAAAGAGGGUCAAAGACUAGAUGAAAUGCAAAAGAGAUUAGAAGUGAGAGGAUACCCUAAAAAACUCUUAGAAACAGUGAGAAAUGAGGUAGAUGAAAUUCCCCGAGAAGAGUUAAGAACAAAAAGGGUGAAACAAGAAACCUCGAGACUAGCCUUCGUUAGCCAAUACACUACUGCUAGCAAUAAGGUGAAGAGUAUCAUUAAUAAACAUUGGCAUCUUUUACAAACCUAUGCACCACAUAUAAAGACUUUCUCUGAGCCACCAUUAAUGGCAUAUAAAAGGGGAAAAUUUUUUCGUGAUACCUUGAUAAAAGCAGAUGUGGGCUCACUAAUAAAAUCAGGACAAAGAUUUUUAGGGGUCCCCAAAAUGGGUACGUUCCCUUGUUUGAAUUGUGCAAGUUGUAAUAAUAUUACUAAGGGAUCCCAGUUUACACACCCACAGACUGGACGAAAGAUUGACAUCAAAAGAUAUUUCACAUGUAAUUCAACUUUCGUUGUGUACCUAAUUAAAUGCCCAUGUGGUUUAGCAUAUGUGGGAGAAACCACACAAAAAGUUAAAGAUCGAAUUAAGCAACACAAAUCAAAUGUACGGUGUGGAUACACACAUCUUCCGAUACCAGCACAUUUUGCUGCUGCCAGACAUACAGUGAGUCAACUGCAGUAUCAGGUGAUAGAUAGCGUAGAACCCUUGAGACGUGGAGGAGACCGGAUCCUACAGUUAAAAAAGCUAGAGAUGAAGUGGAUACAGAAACUAGGGACGCUUGAUCCAGGUGGUUUGAACCGAGAGUACACACCAAUGCUAUUUAUUUAAUUCAAUGAGGUUGACCUGAAUUUGUGCUAAGUGUAACAUUGUUUUGUAUCUUUUUGUUUUUAGAUGAAUACAGCUCGUGCUCUGGGAAUGGCUGUGUUCCUCAAUACAUAGGCAUUUUCGGCGCAGGAAUAGAGCACAUAAAUUGUUAACGAGGAGCAAAAACUACAGACAGACAUUCAUUAUGCUGAAAUAUGCAAGGAGCGACUCCCGUGACAAGGGGCAGGCGUGCAGAGGAAAUGAUAACCUAUACAUCUAUACGUCUGACUCACCAGUACAAUCUGCUCCAUUUGUAUUCCCAACAGGCUUGAUUUGCUUUAUCAGUAUGAGGAUUUACUGUGCUCCUGUUUGCUUAAGCCUUAGUGGAUGGGUGGUGCUCACUGUCUCUUCAUUGCAGAAACACUGACUUUAUCUAACCUGUGUAUCGAGAUAGGUCAGUUUUUCUAAAAACUAGUGUUGUUGAUAAAUGCAAUAAAAUAUACCAUUUUUAAACCACUUUACCAACAGCAACAGCAUUUUUGGAGGAUAUUGGAGGUUGGUUUAAAGAGGCCCAUGUGGCUGGCAUCACAGGGUGAGGUAAGUGUGAAGGGCAUGGGAGGGACUGAUACAACCACUCAAUUGGUGGAAUAUAAACCACUAAAGAAUCUCAUGCCCAUAUUUGGUUAAGGCUUUAAGCCAUUGGGCAAUAAAAAUGCAUCCUUAAUACAUUGUUUUUGGAGACAUUCAGCAUCCCAGCAAACAUAUCGGAACUCUUUAUGCAGUCACACCAACAAAUGUUCAUUAAAAAAUCUAAAUAAAUUGCUC